AGUGAUUAAAAGCCCGAAAUAAGCAGGUGCGUGUGCCACUUCAUUUGAAAGACAUUUGGGAUAAGAUGAAACCACCGUCGUCUGUUCCAAAUACCGUCACAUUUUUGUUUUGUUUUUGUUGGCAAUGACUGUAUUUGACUCGUUUAUUUUCCUGGAUACUUCUCGUUCCUGCACGUGACGCGGAAGGGAAAAGAAAAUAACGGUUUGCUUCUUGUUUUUUUUUCCUCCAUGGGAUAAACUUCACACAAGUUGAAACACAGCCUUGCAAGAACAUGUGCAUCUCUCUAGGUGUUGUAGUUUUUUUUUUUGUGGUUGGCAACAUGGAGGCGAGAGGAAAGUAUGACUUCACGGCAACAGCUGCUGGUGAGCUCGACUUUAAGAAGGACGAUGUGUUCAAGAUUUUAAGCAUGCAAGGCGAUUGGUACAAAGCUGAGAUGCUCGGCCACGAAGGCCUUGUCCCCAAAAACUAUGUAGACUUGACCGCUCCCGAAUGGUUCCAGGAGAACGCCACUCGCGGUGGAGCCGAGGAAAUCCUCAGCACCAAACCUGUCGGAGACUUUGUCAUCCGAGGAUGUCAGAGUUCACCCGGAAACUUCUCAAUCUCCGUCAAGCACGAGUGCGACGUGCAGCACUUCAAGGUCAUCCGCGACAAGCGAGGUCACUAUUUCCUGUGGGCUGAGAAAUUCACGUCCCUCAACAAGUUGGUGGACUUCUACAAGACCACUUCCAUCUCCAAAACCACCACCAUCUUCCUCAACGUCGACGACUCCAUCAGAACAACGCCAGGCACCCAAACGGUAAACGAAACAGAAAAUAGAUCUAUGUUCCAUAAAGCUCAGAGCAGAAUGUUGUUAACAACUUUGGUAUAUGAAUGCUUAAAAAAAAAACACAACCCCCCCUCCCACGUAUAUAAAACAAACAACAAAAUAUCAAUUUUCAGCCUCCGUACAGUGGUCUGACCAACACGCCGCUCACCUGUUAGCAUCGCAACAUGCUAUGUGUGUGUUUUCCAGCAGAAGGCGCUGCCGCCGCAACAGGUUUUGGCUUUGUACGACUUCAGCGCCGAAGAAGACGACGAGUUGAGCUUCUGCGCCGGCGACGUCAUCAACAUCACCGACGCCUCCAAUCCCACCUGGUGGAUGGGACGAUGCGGCGGCAGGAGAGGACUCUUUCCGGCAAACUACACCAAACCCUUUUGAUGUAGGAGAAGUGGGGAGGAGCCAAGGCUGGCUCAAUUAAUAAUACAUUUCAUUUCUAAGCGCCUUUCAAAACACUCGAGGACACCUUACAAUAAAACCA